AUGCCAACCAAUCGUGCCGCUUUCCAACCGAAAAGGAAGGCAAAUUUCCUCCAACUCAGAGAUGCUCCCUACCCAGUUGCCGGAGAGAACCAGCUAGUUGUUCGGACAGCAGCCAUUGCCAUCAACCCCAUUGAUCAUCUCAUCCAGUCUCGAGGUGACAUCAUGUUCACACAUAUCAAGUAUCCCUUUGUUUUAGGGAUGGAUGUGAGUGGAGAAGUUGUCUCGGUAGGCAACGGCGUCACCCGAAUCCGCCCUGGUGAUCGCGUCUUCGGGCUCUGUCGCAGUACAUCAGCUGCUGUCAACGACUCUGCCCAAGGCGCAUUCCAAAGUUAUACUGUCCUGCAGGAAGACCUGGCCUCGAUUAUCACAAGUUCAGAGAUAUCAUACCCGGAAGCCUCUGUCUUUCCCUUGGCAAUAUUGACGGCUUCGUCCGCGCUGUUCGACAAGUCGCAGCUGGGUCUCCAACUUCCUAGUCAGCCGGCACGGCCAUUUUCUGGCAAGGCAGUCAUCAUUUGGGGCGGAUCUUCCAGUGUUGGGUGCUGUGCUAUCCAGCUUGCUGUCGCGGCCGGGUAUGAAGUAUAUACUACCGCUUCAGCACACAACCAUCCCUUGAUGCGAAAACUAGGCGCUACACAGGCAUGGGACUACAGGGACGCCGCUGUUGUCAAAUUCAUGGUCAAUGAACUCACCGGAAAGAACCUGGUCGGCGCCGUAUCUAUUGGCAAAGGAGCUGCAGAAAAGUGUUUGGAGGUCCUGGUCAAGUGCAAAGCAGAACGUAAGCACGUGGCUAUGACUACUUUCCCGGUGCCAGAUGAGGAGCCAGGAUUCCUACCAGUUUUUCAAAUCAUGGCUUCCUUUGUAGCCUGGACCGCGGCCUAUAAAUUGCGUGGACUAGUUAAUGGAGUAUCAUCAGCUUUUGUCGAUAUCGAGCCAACAAUUCACAGUGGUAUCUCAAAAUAUAUAUUCACGGAGUACUUACCUAAGGCCCUGGAAUCUGGCAGCAUUAUUUCAGCUCCAGAGGUUCAAAUUGUUGGGGAGGGCUUAGACAAGAUCCAGGAGGCUGUGGAUACACUGAGAAGGGGAGUUUCUGCUAAAAAGCUGAUUAUUACUCUUUGA